CCAUUCCUUACCACGAUCGUGGCCCGUUUGGAAAGCCUCCCACAUAACUGUUUCUAUGCCAAUUUGUAUUUAACGAGCAUUUUGUCCAGUCUGGCUUCGUAUUCUCAACCUCUGUUACGUGCAAUCAUGCUACUUGUCCCAUCAACCAUUGCCGUUCAUCAGUCCCGUUCCCAACCCACUGGAACAGAGGUCGAUAAAUCAGAUGUACUACUCACUUGGCGGUCGCUGCAAGAGGCAUAUUCACAACUCCCCUAUGCUGUACUGUGCUCGGUUCGCAAACAGCUGGACUUGUUUUCCAUUCGGUAUACCAUGUGUCCACCGGACGGAAUGACCAUGUCUUUCAUGGGUUUGGUCAUGGAUGCAAAACAGUAUUUCCGUCACGCUAAUGAAACCCCCUGCCCGUUCACUACGAACAAUCACCUGGUCAGUGGUACACGCGACGCGACCGAAGUCACGACUAGUAAGUUUUCCUAA